AUGGCCAAGACAAGUAAAGGUUGCAUUGUGUGGCAGUGGAAUUGUCGAAGCUUGGCUCCGAAGAGGGGACACCUUCACCAGUACCUACAAUCCCUACCACCAGAACGCAGACCAGACGUUUUGGCCAUACAAGAAACGUGGAAGGCCAUCACCAUUCCGGGAUACCAAGCCUUUAAUCACACCAACUCAUCAGGGGUCGUACGAGUCACCACGCUAGUGCGACGGAACCUACCAGCACAACUUCAUUCAACCGGCAUCGAAAACAUCGAGCACACCUUCAUCGAAAUCUUGGCGGGCAAGAAGAAGAGCCAUCGCAGCACGUUCAUCCUCAAUGUAUACAGUCCUCCGAAGGCACGACACUCGUUUCACCAGCUCCUGCGCGCCGCCAUAGACAUGGCCAAGGGAAAAGCUCUGCUCAUCGUUGGAGACUUUAACGCACCACACAUGUCAUGGGGCUAUCCGCGGGACAGCGCUAAGGGUCGGCAGCUUUGGCAGGACAUUGCCACCCUGGGACUGGACCUACUUACAGACCCGACGCAGCCAACUCGGAAAGCCACGGGCGGAUACAAAGACACAUCACCAGACCUCACACUCGGUCACUGCUUGGACGCAGAAUGGCACAACACCCUGGAAACUCUGGGCAGUGACCACUAUAUCCUCAACAUCCUCCUGAGACGCGGCCCUACGAAGCCCAUGGGAAGGCCUCUGCGAGUGGUCGAGUGGGACACUUUCAGGCAGGAGCUUGACGAAGUGGACCGAGACGGAGAGAUCAAGGACCUGGAUCAGUGGACCGCAGGCAUCAGAGAAGUUGAGGCCUCAGCCACAAGAAACAUUCCCGAGGAAGCAAAUCUGACCGCGGCGGACAGUCGGCUCCUGCACCUAUGGGAAAUGAAGACAAACCUUGAGGCACGCUUAAGGCGAAAGAAAGGAAAUCGUCGGCUACGCAAGCGAAUCGCAACAUUGUACAAGACCAUCGAGAGUCACGCCACCUAUCUCACAACUAAGCAAUGGGAAGACACCUGCAACGAGUUCGAAGGAGCUCCCAACACUCCAAAGACGUGGAACAUCCUUCGACAUCUCCUCGACCCCGGACAAAGCCGAACCACAGUCCGAAAUCAGAUGGAGUGUAUCCUGAACUCAUUCAAGGGAGAUGGAAACGAGCUUGUCCAAGAAGUACAAAACAAGUAUAUCGGACGAGCUCCGCCAACACCUGCGAUGGAAUACACGGGCCAGCCAAACCUUGCGCUAGACGAAGAAUUCCGACCCUUCGAAGAAAAGUCGGAGUUGCUACUCAUGGCCGGCACAACGGUAAAAACUCCCUCGGGUAUCAUACUGCAGGUCGGAGGCAAAGACGUCCCUCGGGUCCGGCGACUUCGGAUACUCGGUCUGUGGUUGCAGGAGGAUGGCAAGAACACAUACAGCAUCGGAGUCCUCCGUAACCACGCACAGCAAGUAGGAAGACUCAUAGCAAGAAUCGCCGGAAAACGGUACGGGAUGAAAGAGCGGAAUGUCAUUCGCCUUAUCAAAGCCUUCGUGAUUAGCCGGAUUGCCUACAUUGCACCCUUCCUGGACUUGACACUCACGGAGAGGGAUGCCAUCGAUCGCAUCAUCCGCUGCGUAUACAAGAAAGCGCUUCACCUAACACCUUCAACAGAGACCAAGCGACUCGAGAAGCUUGGGCUUCACAACACCCUCUCGGAAAUCAUUGAGGCACAGAGGAUAGCCCACUACGAAAGGCUAUCUCUGACCACAGCGGGAAGAACCAUCCUCACAUCUUUGGGCAUCAACUACCACCCAACAGGGCACAGUACGCGAGGCUGGCUUCCAAACGAGCUACGCGAGCAACUAAAGAUUUCGCCUCUGCCUCGUCACAUGCAUCCAGUGCACGACGCAGGCAGACGCAUGGCCAGAGUGAAGGCUCUGGAGAACACUCUACAGCAAGGCUGCGACGACUCUGAGGUGACCUAUGUCGACGCAGCCUCAGCUGACGGGGGUCGAAUGACCCUUGCAGUUACGAAUCGCUCCGGCCAAAUCCUCACGGCAGGCAGCAUGUACACCAGCAACAGUGCAGAGGCAGAGGAGGCAGCCAUCGCCUUGGCCCUCACCCUCAGCACCACGAAAGUCAUCGUCAGUGACUCCCAGAUGGCCAUCCGCCAGUACAUGCGUGGUCACAUCUCUGACAAAGCCCUCAAGAUCGCCACUGGUCAUCGUCUGAUUGACCACCCAGUCCGCAUACUGUGGUCUCCAGCCCAUGCGUCACUCCCAGGCAACGAGAGUGCUCACAGUGCAGCCUGCGCUCUUACCAACCGGGCUAGCACACCAAGUGAGCACUCGACCUCCGCCACGUGGAACCACGACAACCUCUACACCUUUAAGGGGGUGCUGGACCACUACCGAGUAGAACGCCGAGCCUACCCAGAGGCUCACAGCACUCUCAACAAGGCGGAAUCCACCAUCCUCCGUCAAGUCCAGACGGAGACCUUCCUCAACCCGGCGCAGUUGCACUCGUGGUACCCAGAUACCUACGACCCGUCUUGCAGGAACUGUGGCGAGAUCGCUACACUCCACCAUAUACUCUGGGGGUGUCCGGAGCUGCUUCUUCAUUCGAAGAAUAAGGAGUUCAUCAAGCAAGCCAGGCAACCAGGCGCCUGGGAAUCCUUCCUGCGGGAUCCUGACCCCACGACUCAGAAAAUUCUAGUCCAGCUGGCCUCGGACGCCGCCGGGAACAUCGCGUUUCGUCUGUCGACCGAGGGGAUCGCUUCGUCAAAGGUCUCUCCCUAAGAGAGACUCGGUAGACGCGGUGAUCUAACAGUCUUGGACCCAAUAAA